AUGACACCCGUCGCUGUUAAGACAUCUGCAGCAGAUCAACUAGGCACUGACAAGAUUUCUUUGAAGCCGUGGUAUCGACCGGCGAAGACAUCAGAAAAGCUAGAAUGGGCAGAAUUACCCAAGAUUGACCUAUCACUCUUCGAAGAAGCCGGAGGUAAGCAAGAGCUUGCCCUGCAACUCUACGAUGCUGUCACCAGGGUUGGGUUUUGGUCCGUGGUCAACACCGGCAUCGAUGAUGAGCGCGUCCUCCGUCAAUUUAGCAUCGGAAAUGCCUUCUUCAAGCAGCCAUUAGAGGAGAAGCGAAGAUUCCCCUGUAAUUUUGCCGAAGGUGAAUAUUUCGGAUAUCGGGAGAAUUCGCGCUGGAUCGGCAACACGGGAAUCAAAGAGAACGUGGAGAUGUUGAACAUCCCCAAAGCUAUACCGGCCUACGACAACGUAGGAAGACACAGGAUAGUUGAGGAGAAUUGGGAGGAGAUUGCGUCCUUUCAUAGAGAGCUUUUCGAUAAGGUAGUCCGGAAGCUGUUCGUCUUAAUCUCUAUUAUCCUCGAGCUUCCGGAGAGCUACCUCGUCGAUGCACACGCUUAUGACGAAGAAUCCGACGACCACCUCCGCUACAUGUUAUAUAAUGUCAGAAGCCAGGAAGAAUGGGACGAAGCUCAGGCUUAUUCGAAAGGGGGUCAUACUGACUUCGGGAGCUUGACACUUCUUUUCUCGCAGCAUAUUGCCGGUUUGCAAAUCCGCACACCAGAAGGCGAAUGGAAAUAUGCUAGCCCUGUAGACGGUGGUAUUACCUGCAACGCGGCGGAUACGUUGACAUUUCUUACCAACGGCUUUAUCAAAUCCACUAUCCAUCGCGUAGUCACGCCGCCGAAAGAUCAGAUCAACAUACCACGUCUUGGCUUGCUCUACUUCAGCCGACCGGGUGCUCGCACAGCGAUGAAGACGGUCCCAUCCCCUCUAUUGGACCGACUGGGCCUUGUUCCGCCUGGAGACAGGGAUCCCAAUAAGCCGGUAGUAUCUGGAACUGAGUAUGUGCGAGCACGGGUCAAGGAUGUUCACUACAAGACCGUUCUAGAGAAGCGCGAGGGGACGUCAUUCGAAUUCAGGGGUUUGAAGGUACAGAACCACUAUACGUGA